AUGUCAGCCGCGUGCGCCGUCUCGCAGAAGGCUCAGCCUCCGCCGGCGUCUCAGUCUCCGCGGGAGGAGCGGGCCAGGCCGGCGAUGCACCGGCGGCGCCGCCCUCCGCCUCCCGCCACUCAGCCGCCUGAGGGCGGAGGCGAUGGCAGCAGUGGCGUGGGGGGAAGAGGGGAGAGCGAGGAUGUGGAGGUGCUGUUCUCGGCCGGGCGCCGGGGGCCGGCGGCCGGGGCAGCGGCGGUGGCGCACAGUGCCGAAGAGGAGGAGGAGCGGCUGGAGCGGGAGCACUUCUGGAAGAUCAUCAACGCCUUCCGCUACUACGGAACAAGCAUGCAUGAAAGAGUGAAUCGAACAGAAAGGCAAUUCAGAUCACUUCCAGCUAACCAACAGAGUCUGCUUCCUCAGUUUCUUCUUCACUUGGACAAGAUUCGGAAAUGCAUUGAUCAUAAUCAAGAUAUACUACAAACCAUUGUGAAUGACUGCAUACAUAUGUUUGAAAAUAAAGAGUAUGGAGAAGAUGGGACGGGAAAGAUUAUGCCAGCAUCCACAUUUGACAUGGAUAAGCUAAAAUCUACAUUGAAACAAUUUGUGAGAGAUUGGAGUGAAACUGGGAAAGCUGAAAGAGAUGCCUGCUACCAACCAAUCAUUAAAGAAAUUGUAAAAAAUUUCCCAAAGGAGAGAUGGGAUCCUUCCAAAGUAAAUAUUCUGGUUCCUGGUGCUGGACUAGGAAGAUUGGCCUGGGAAAUAGCUAUGCUAGGUUAUGCUUGCCAAGGAAAUGAAUGGAGUUUUUUUAUGCUCUUUUCUUCCAAUUUUGUACUCAACAGAUGCUCCGAAAUUAACACACAUAAACUUUAUCCUUGGAUUCAUCAGUUUAGCAAUAACAGAAGAUCAGCUGAUCAGAUUCGACCAGUCUAUUUUCCUGAUGUUGAUCCCCAUAGUCUUCCUCCUGGUUCUAACUUUUCUAUGACAGCAGGAGAUUUUCAGGAGAUAUACUCAGAAUGCAAUACUUGGGAUUGUAUUGCUACUUGUUUCUUCAUAGACACAGCCCAUAAUGUCAUUGAUUAUAUUGAUACAAUAUGGAAAAUACUGAAACCAGGAGGAAUUUGGAUAAACCUAGGUCCUUUACUAUAUCACUUUGAAAAUUUGGCAAAUGAACUUUCCAUCGAAUUGAGCUAUGAGGAUAUAAAAAAUGUUGUUCUCCAGUAUGGAUUCCUUAUAGAGGUAGAACAAGAAUCUGUAUUGUCUACAUACACUGUGAACGAUCUCUCUAUGAUGAAAUACUACUAUGAAUGUGUACUGUUUGUGGUUCGUAAACCACAGUAAUUGUCUCCUGUGAGAUCUUCAGGAAAAAAAUGAUUAAUGGAGCAGAUGUUGAAACAAACAAAGCAAAAUCAGCUACCGGUGGUGACAGGACACAACCUCAAAUCAGUGGUGCCUUCUUUAUUCCUAACAGGAUUGAGAUAUAGUGUCUAUUUUCUUACUAUGUGUCUGUUGCUAUCCAGACAUGCACUAUGCCAUGCGUAUUUGUACUCUACGAGUGAGUGGAAGGGAAGGGAAGAUCUUCAAAUGUCCUUUUUCCUUGAAGUGCAGAACUCUUUGUCUCAAGUAGAAAAAACGAUCCUUCUGGGUCUUUAUGAGGCUGCCCUAUAGUAAGGCUGCUGCACUGAUGACUCAGUAGUAUUGAAACCCUAAUACACUCUUGGCCUUGAUAUAAACAUGUGCACAUUCAGCUCAAGAAAUGUCUAAACCAUCUUCAUCUCAAACUGGAAAUUUUUCUUAAUUUGGAUCUGAGGCAGGAUAUCUAAUGAGUUUCCUUUAUCAUUAAAAUUAGUUGAGCACUUCAUUUCUAGAGUUCAACUUGAUUUAGAGUAGUAGUAUUUUUAAAAUUUUUUUCUUGGAAUAUUGAAUUGGGUCAUCAACAAAUAAUGCAUUUAAGUGAUCUGUGAAUUUUAUUGAAUCUUUUGGUCAUACUACAAACUUUUAUUAAAAAAUACAUACUAAUCAUUGACUUGUUUUGAAACAUUUGACAAGACCUCAGAGACUGAAAUGAGGCAUAAAGCCCUGUCUUUAAAAUGUAAUAAAUUUGGAAAAUGGGAAUAA